GCCCAGGAGGACCUUGGGGACCUGCAGGACAAGGGGGUUGUGGAGGAGCAGGAGGAGCUGGGAGAGGAGCCCUGGGGUGAGAGCGUGGAGAGUGGGGAGAGGGUGGAGGAGGACAUGGGGACAUCAGAAGAGGAUGUUGGACCCUCAGAGGAGGAUGCUGGGCCACCAGAGGUGGAUGCUGGGCCAUCAGAAGAGGUUGCUGAGCCAUCAGAUGUGGACGUUGGGCCAUCAGAAGAUGGUGCUUGGCCAUCAGAUGUGGAUGCUGGACCCUCAGAGGAGGUUGCUGGCCCAUCAGAAGAGAUUGCUGGACCCUCAGAGGUGGAUGCUGGGCCAUCAGAAGAGGUUGCUGGACCCUCAGAGGUGGAUGCUGGGCCAUCAGAAGAUGGUGCUUGCCCAUCAGAUGUGGAUGUUGGACCCCAAAAGGAGGUUGCUGGGCCACCAGAUGUGGAUGCUGGGCCACCAGAUGUGGAUGCUGGGCCAUCAGAAGAUGGUGCUUGGCCAUCAGAUGUGGAUGCUGGGCCACCAGAUGUGGAGGUUGGGCCACCAGAAGAAGGGGGGAUGUUGGCCCUGGUGGCACCAACCAACAACCCUCUGGAGACUGAGGAGACCACAGAGGCAUCUGGAACAGCCCCAGAGGAUGGAGCGUGGCUGGAAGGGGGGGACAAGCCACCAAGUCCCACCCUGGCAGAGAACCAGGAAGGGGAGGUGUCUGAGGGUGCUGAGGAGGAGGAAGGUUACUUCAUGGUCUCUGCUCCCAGCCAAGAGGUGUCUAGCUCAGAAGAAGCUGAGAUCUCUGAGGACUUUGAAGAAAUCAAAGUCGAAGCCACCAAAGAUGAUUUGCAAGCUCCUGGAGGAGGAUCUGAGGGGCUUGAGGGUGAAGGAGACUUGGAGGGGUUUGUUGGGGAAGGAGAUGAAGACCUGGAGGUGCCCACAGAAGAGCUGGAGAUGCCAAAGGAUGAGGAGGAUGAUGCUGUUGGGCUGGAGGAAGGUCCAGUGGUUCCUGAAGAAGGUCCUGGCUCCACUGAGGCCACAGAGUUGGGGAACCUGGAGGGACCUGAAUGUUCAGAAGGUCCUGGGGGGCUGGAGGGUCCUGAGGGGCUGGAGGAGCUUGAGGGGCUGGAGGAUGGUCCUGAGUGCCUUGAGGGACCCAAGUGCCUGGAGGAACCUGGGGACCCAGAGGGACACGAGUGCCUGGAGAAACCCAAGUGCCCAGAAGGUCUUGAGUGCUCAGAGGGACCUGAAUGCCCAGAAAGUUCCAAGUGCCUGGAGGGAUCUGAGAACCUGGAGGGACCCGAGAACCUGGAAGGUCCUGAGUGCCCAGAAGGUCCCAAGUGCCUGGAGGGUCCUGAGAACCCAGAAGGUCCCAAGUGCCUGGAGGGAUCUGAGAACCUGGAGGGUCCUGAGAACCCAGAAGGUCCCAAGUGCCUGGGGGGACCCAAGAACCUGGAGGGUCCUGAGAGCCCAGAAGAUCCUGAGAACCUGGAGGGAUCUAAGUACCCAGAAGGUCCCAAGUGCCUGGAGGGACUUCAGUACCCAGAAGGUCCCGAGUGCCCAGAAGGUCCCAAGUGCCCCAAGGCCUGUGACCUGGAGGAGGAGGAGGAGGAGGAAGAUCCCACCCCAGCUCAGCACGAGGUGCCCAAGCCCCUUCCUCUGGGGUCUCCACUGCCCAUCCAAGAGGAGGGACCCCCAGAGGGUGACAACCCACCCCUGGGGGGGGACAAGGAGCCCCCCGAGGUGGAGCCACCUGAGGUUGCUGAGCAGGAGGUUCUGCAGGAGCUGGUGGAAGGAAACCCUGAUGUCCUGAAGGCCUCGGGCAUCCUGGAGCUGGUGGAACAAGCCCUGGAGCUCAACCAGGAGCUGGUGGGAG